AUGCCGAAUCGAAUUUCCAGGGAAAUUCUGAAAUUUCAGAUUAUUCUGCAAAAAAAAUCAAGUUCCGAUUAUUUUUCGGAAUCUCAGAUUUGUUUUCUCGUCUUUUCCGUUGGAAAAUCACGAAAUGUAUCUCUGUUUAGUUUUCAGUCAGUUGCUGUAGCAGAUGUUGGAAAGUCGGAAAGAGUUGGAAAGGCACCGAAGGGAAAUCGGUGA